CUCGCAUUUAAUACUUCAUAUUGAGGCGUAUGUCAUGGUAAUUAGAAGUGAAUAAAUUUUAUCAUGAUAUUUCUUUAUCUAUCCAACGCAUGCGGAAAACAUUGGCUUACGCGCAUGGGAUCGUAUUGUUUCCCCAUCUAAUGAUAGAGAUUGAAUGAUAUUUAUGCAUUUCGCUUGUCGCAUGUAACAGAAAACACAAACAGUAUUUUCAGAAGGAUUAAUUUCCAAUCAUCCUGGAUAUCGUUCCAAUGAAUACAUAAAAUAUUCCAAGUCGAUAAAUUUCCUUCAUAUUGAGUAAAAGCACGCUAUUACAAAUACCAGGGAAAUAAAUUGUCUACAUAUAACUGCUGACGAUUUCUUUGGAUGCAGAACAAGGGAAUGUUGGAACGCCGCUUGACUGCAUUUAUUGUGAAAUGAAAAUAUACCGGUUUUAAGGAUAUACAUUUGAGGACAUGUUAUUCUAAGUUUCUUAUUAGUGUGAUUGUGUCUGUGUCAACAACCUAUUUAAUAAUCAGCAAUAUCCGCUCUUCCAGAGGAUAAGAAAAUGACCACCUAAAGACGAGACAAAACGCGAGAACAUAUACAUUGCUUUAAAUAGUUUAUCAUGAUCGACAGAUUGAGUUACUUCCACUGAUAAAAUGGACAUAUGAAACAAGUGUGCUUACUUCUUGCGAAACCUCAUUUCGUGUCAUACUAAUAUCACAUUGCACACCCUAUAUAUUCGUAAAGUUUUCAAACUUUACUCAACGAAAAGCAGUUUUUUUAACGGAAAGCAGUUUUAUCCUUUAAAGAAACAAGUAACAUUUUAAAGAUGAAUAAUCAUCUAUGCAAACGUCUUAUUCAUGAAUCUGUAUUGAUUGGAACUCAUGCUUGCGGAUUAAAAAAAUGCUGAUUCACAUGAAUAUCUUCAAUCGAGAUUAAGUUUACCAGUACAAAAACGAUAGACUUGAAAAUAAUGUUAUUUUUUAAAAUGGAGUAAUGUUUCAUUUUGCCCAUUUAUCUUUGUAAAAUAUGAAUUAUCGAUGUAGCGGUGUGCUGAAUAAAGACAGAACAACAAUUGAGUGAUAGUAUAUGUUGUUUGACAAGAUUUAAUUGUUUGGUGAACAAGUAACAAUCUUCGAAAAAAAAACUCAACAUAGUACUUUUUUUUUAAAUAUUUUUUGAAUUUAUGACAAAUAAUUUAUUUUAACAUAGUAUCUUUGAUUGGUUUACAUGUUGGCAUAGCAACUCAACAUUGUGCUCAGCGUAAAUAUUGCGCAAAUAUGUCGAAAAUAUUGGAAACGGAAAAUUAUGAAUAAUCAACGAUGAAUAAAACUAUGAAAGUAACUUAUAAUUCUUCGACACAAGACAUAAAUUGUACGUUCGAAUAUCUCCGAAAUCAUAUUACUACAAAAGGUCAAUCAACAGCAGACGUAUAUGGAUUUAAUCAAUCAGUGAUCCUAGGAUUUCUCUUUCCAAUAGUUUCCAUAGGAAUUAUCAGCAAUGUUGUGAUAAUUUACGUCAUCUCAAGUGACCGGAAGUUACAUAAAGCGCCAUUUUAUUUUCUCAUAUGCAACUCGGUGAUGGAUUUAUCAAAAAGCAUUUUCUGUUUACCCUUUGUCAUUGAGGCGGUGUUAUCAGAUUUCCAAUGGAUUUAUGACCAGAAAACAUGCACUGUGUUAGCGUUUUCGAAUUCUUUUUUCACAGUUUCAACGGUAAUCGGUUUUUUAGCGAUUGUUAUUGAUAGAUAUUUAUCAGUAACGUCAGUCAGAUUUUACAGUAAAUGUUCACAUGGACUUGUAAAUCUUGCUGUGAUCAUUGUUGGAUGGGGCGUAGCCUUCUGUCUUUCAUUUCCACCAAUAUUUGAAGAAGGGGCAUAUCAAUAUAUUCCUAGUGAAAUGCAGUGUACCUUUUUCCACCUGCCUUAUAGAGAAAACGAAACGCUUGGAUAUACAAUAUCGUUCGUUUGUUUGCUUUGUGUAAUAAUGUUCCUGUAUUGUCGUCUGUUUUUGUUCAUGAGAUCUCACCGAAAGAUGGCGCCACUGUAUCACGAGCCAGCUAGGAGCAGCGAUUGGGCGUUCUUUGGACCGGGUGCCAAUGGACAAGCUUUGAUAAAUCUUUUAAAUGGAUUUGCAGGAGGCCCACCGAAUCCAAUAGCAGCAAAUGCUCAGCAAAUACAACAAAACUUUGGAAGAGUUGUUAACUUACGAGUUUUAAAAAACGAACACAUAACGCGAGUAUUCUUUGCAACAACACUUACAUUUUUAUUGUUGUGGUCAUUAUAUCUAUUCCAAGUAUUUGUUAAAGUAUUCUAUGAUUAUAAUUUUCUUUCCACGCGAUUUAUAUUGUGUUCGACAAUGCUAAGCUUUUGCCAUGUGGUGUUGUGUCCAAUAAUAUGUUUACUAUUUGGUAGUCCAUUACGGACGUCGUUGUUUUCACGCCUGAGAACCUGGUGUGAGAAAAGAAGUUACACAGACGUGUCACAAAAUGAACAACAACAACAACAACAAGAUAAUACUGAGCCAAGCAGCGUCAGAUGUAUUGAGCUUGCCGUCUGAUUAUCUUUAAUCACAAUAAUAUUUACGUCGUUCGUAAUGUAAUUUUCAUGUAAACAAAUAAAGAUAAAAGAUCAUGCAUUUUCAUAUUGAUUAAAACAACUUCUUGCUUUAUUUGCUCUUUAUUAUUGUUUCAUGAAAUAAUUGUUAUAUUGUUAUAUUUUUAUCGUAAAUGAAAGAAGAAGGUAAAAUAUUGGCAUCCGUUAUUGAAAUAUAAUACAUUUAACACAAAUUCUUUAAUCAAAAGAUAAGAAAAAGAUUGUUU